AUGAAAGCAGUUAUUAUCUUUUUUGUGGUUGCUCUUGUUUAUGCUAAUAAACAGGGGUUAGUUCAGUUAAAUAAAAGUAAUCAUGAACUCGUAUUAAAGCAAAAUAAGAACGUUAUUGUUAAAUUCUUUUCACCAUAUUGUCCACAUUGCGUACGUUUUAGUCCAAUCUAUUCUGAAUUUGCAGUAAAAAUGCAAAGUGAAGAAAAUUUAGUUGUUGCUGAAUUAAAUUGUGUUGACUUUAGGGACUUAUGUGGGUUCUAUAAAAUUAGAGGAUAUCCAACUGUGAAUUUUUAUCAUAACGGUGAAUUUGCUGAGAGAUUUGGACAACAAAGAACUGUUGAUAAUUUAGUUGAAUUUUCUAAGAGGAAUAUGAAAUAA